UUUUUACUUUCUGCUGCAGCUUCUUCUGCUGCAGCUACUGUUUUAAGGUCAAGGUUUGGCUCCAACCACGUACUACUUCUUUGCUUACCUUUCUGCAUCACACCUCAAGCCCACAGCCAUGGCGUCCUGGAACUCGCUCCCCCGCGAGAUGCGCCAGAUGGUGCUCGAGGCGCUGGUCAGUCUCGGCGACAAGCAGCCGUCGCGAGACCGACGUCGCAAGCCUCGCCUGGCCCGAUUCGUUACCGUCUGCCGCGAGUGGCAGGAGACCCUGGAGCCCUUCGUCUUCUCCUCCCUCGAGCUGCAGCCCAAACACCUGGCCGAGUUCGACAACGUCAUGCGCGGCAGCCGCCGCCGCAUGCUGCGCCACCUCUGGCUGCGUGUCGAGCUAGCCCGCAAGCGCCGCCGCUACACGGAGCAGACGACGCGCGAGGAGGAGGAGACCAACAAUGCCCUCUUCACCACGGCCGUCUACGACCUUUUCAGCACGCUCGGCCAGUGGUCCAGAGGAUCCUCCCAAACGUGGCCCGAGCUGCAGUUCGAGCUGGGCGCCAACUCGCCGUCGGAUCCAAGGUACCGCUUCGGCGACCCGGGCAUCGUCGAGAACAAGGACUACACCAUCGGCGAGCUCGACUUCUGCUGGGUCGACGCCAACCGCAGCUUCGCCUACCCCUCGCCCCUGCCCGAGGUCGAUAUCAUCUCCAAGUUCUCCAUCCUGCGCCGCACCCGCCGCUACUUUGCCCCCGCCGCCCUGCUCACCAUCUUUGACAGCCUGCCGAGGCUGCGCGAGGUGAGGUACGAGCCGUGGUAUUUCCUCAACGAGGACUCUCAGGCCGACGCCGACGAAGCGUUUGGUAGGGCUCUCCGCCACUGGCCGCCCACGGUCAAGCGUGUCAGCAUCUUUGAGCAUUGCAGGGACUUCCGCCGCCACUUCCCCGGCCAGUAUCUCGACUUUGACGGUUGGGACGACGGCUGGUGGGAGGGCGAUGGCCACCAGCACGACCACGACCACGAUCAUGAUCACGACCACGGACACCACCAUCACCAUUACCACCAUCACCCCGGCCACCCGCCCAAUGGCAGCGGAGUCGACGGCCCGGACGGCUGGGACGCUGGUAGUGCCGACGAGGACGGCUGGGAGACGGCCAACGAAGACGAAGACGCCUGGGAGGACGACAACAGCCCGGUCAGCGACGAGCCGGAUACGCAGGGCACUGAGAGCAGCCCUGGGAACUCGGGCGCCGAGAACAGUGCGCCCUCUGACUGGGUUGUCCAUUCUCCCUUUGACCCCGAGGCCGCGUCUCCUCCCCUGCCGCCCGCCAGCCUGCCAGGCUCCAUUCUGACGGCCAUUUUCGGUGGCCCUACGCCUUCGCAGUCGGUUCAAGAGCACCUCGCGGCGAGCUUUGGGGCGGCGGCGGCGGCAGCAGCAGCAGCAGUAGUCGGCGGCGCCAGCGGCGCUGCGAAUGCGGCUCCCAGCACUGGGGGCGUGGCGGACGCGAGCGGGGCAGCGCCGCCCCAGGACGCGACGGCGGGCGACGACGAGCCCAUGGACUACAUCACUCCGCACCUGGGACUGGGCCUGCUCUUCAUCCGACCCAGCCAGGGCCUCGAGGAGCUGGCCGUGUCGGGGCUGAUCGACGCCGUCGACUUUUUCGAGCCCUUUUACGCCAAGUCCGAGGCGGGCCAGUCGGCGCUGCCGUCGUGGCCUAACCUGCGGUGGCUGACGCUGACAUCGCCCACGCUCCUCAACCCCACCCCGGUCGACGGCGGCAUUGACGCGGUCAACGAGCUGCUGCAGGCCGCAGGCCGCGCUGCCGGUCGCAUGCCCAACCUGCGCGUCAUGGAGCUCUACUGCACUGACGCGCGCGGCGGCGUCGUUUUUCGCUAUCAGGUGACAGACACGGGCACGUCCAUCUCAUGGCAGAGCGCCUGGGCGCCCAUGGAGGCGACGGCCAACGCGCCGGCGGCCCCGGGCAGCGUGACGACGGUGGUUGCCGGCGGCGGCAACAGCGCCGCGACGGCCACGGCGCCCACUACGGUGGGAGCGGCUAGCUCUACCGCCGCCAUGAUACACGAGGAGCUAGUGACGGCAGUGACGGCAGCGGCCAUGGCCCUUGGCGCCGCCGACGCGCGCAUGGGCGAGGACGACGAGGACCACCCGCGUCACUUCCGGGUCAGCUCCCGCGUCAAGGAGACGUGGGGCCGCACGGCGCGGCGGCACACGCGGCACGACCUGGACCCCAUGUUCGAGGCGCUGCUGCCGUGGACGAACCCUUUCAACUUUAUCCACCAGAACCUCGCGACGCGGGAGCUGGCGCUUUCGGGCGUUUCGUCGCAGGACAUACUCAAGACGCUGCACCUGCCCCCGGCCAUGCUGAGGCUGCCGGAUUCUCCUUCAUAGUCAUGGCGGUUCAAGUGCUGGAACGAGUUGCAUUUGCUGCAGCGUAAUAGAGCACCUUUUUCAUUCAUGGAAGCAGACCCGAUACCCUAAACUCCCCAAGCCGAUGCAGACCCUCCCUAUGUGGUAUACCUUUUUGUCCAAAAAAAAAAAAAGCAAUUGUAAAUGAUAGCCGCAAGAAACAAGACGCCUGAAGACCUGUUCCGACCCGAAUGCUUUGACGCGAAAGGAGAGGAAGAACGGAAGGAGGUAGAUACA